AUGUCUCACCCCCACCAGGACAUUGAGAACGAUGAUGUCGUCAGUCAUGAAGACUUCACCGAUGACGACAACAGCGAAUACCAUCUCCCCAGUUCUGCCCAGUUCCUGCCAGCCGAAGAGAAUUACAUUCGGAACCACGACUUGAAGGUGAAGACGUUUGAAGCGUUACAUGGUAAUAAUAACAAUAAUACCAAUAGUACCAGUCACAAUACUCCUACGCUGUCACCCUUAACCACUAACAGACGACUCCUGGUGAUUGAUCUUCCAGCCAAUCAGAAGAUCCCCUUAUCCCGACUCUCUAUCAGCACUACCGAUGAAGGAGGAUCGGCCAGAGUGCCCCAAUCAGACACGUUGCCCGAGGGAGGCAACUCCGAGGAGCUCCAUGCGACAUUCCGUGAUGUCAAGGCAUGUCUUGGGUUGAGACGCAAGUACUUGGACUUGUCGCUCCAGGCCAAUGAGAUGGACAACCCCAAGAACAAAGACGACUGGGACAUUUACCCGCCGCCCCCCAAACCUACAUACAAGUCGAAGAACAAGUUCAACCAGUUACCUGGUGAUGAUCAAGACGACGACAAGGUGGAGUUUGACAUCGGACAUUUCACCAUUGAAGGACCCUGUGACUAUUAUGUAAGCACCAAUCAAGAAGAUAUAUUUACGGUAUAUGAUGCGGAAACAGAAGAACCUUUGGUACUGGUCCCCACGUUAAGAGACUACUAUGUUGAUUUGAACACAAUUUCCAAGUUGGCCAGUGAUGGACCCAUCAAGUCGUUUGCGUUCCAACGGUUACUGUAUUUGGAAGCCCGAUGGAAGAUGUAUGCGUUGCUCAAUGAAUACGAAGAGUCUAAGCAAUCGAAACAGAACCCCCACAGAGACUUUUAUAAUGUUCGUAAGGUCGAUACUCACAUCCACCAUUCUGCAUGUAUGAACCAGAAACACUUGUUGCGGUUCAUCAAGUACAAGUUGAAGACUCUGCCUGAUGAGAAGGUUAUCUUCAGAGAUGGAAAGAUCUUAUCGUUAAAGGAAGUGUUUGAGUCAUUGAAUUUGACGGGCUACGAUUUAUCCAUUGAUACUUUGGAUAUGCAUGCCCAUACCGACUCAUUCCAUCGUUUUGAUAAGUUCAACUUGAAAUAUAAUCCCAUUGGAGAGUCCCGACUCAGAGAGAUCUUCCUUAAGACCGACAACUUCAUUAACGGCCAGUAUUUGGCAGAAUUGACCAAACAAGUAUUUGAAGAUUUGGAGGCUUCCAAAUACCAACACACGGAGUUAAGAAUCUCCAUCUAUGGCCGUUCCUUGGACGAAUGGGACAAGCUUGCCAGUUGGAUCGUAGAUAACAGGUUGUUCAGUCAUAAUGUCCGGUGGUUGAUUCAAGUUCCUCGGUUGUAUGAUUUGUACAAGAAGAAUAAGAAUGUCCAAUGUUUCCAAGAUAUCAUGAAGAAUUUAUUCCUUCCACUUUUUGAAGCCCUGAUUAACCCCCAAUCUCAUCCUAAAUUGCAUAUAUUCCUUCAACGAGUCAUUGGAUUUGAUUCUGUUGAUGAUGAAUCAAAGCAAGAGAAACCCAUAGGGAAGAAGUACCCCAAGGCCAGCAAAUGGGAGUUUGAUGGGAAUCCACCAUAUUCUUACUAUUUGUACUACAUCUAUGCCAAUAUGACUUCGUUGAAUCACUUGAGAAUGAAGAGAAACUUCAAUACAUUGGUGUUUAGACCUCAUUGUGGUGAAGCAGGUGACCCAGAACAUUUGAUUAGUGCAUUCUUAGUGGCCCAUUCCAUUUCCCAUGGGAUUUUGUUAAGAAAACUUCCCUUCAUUCAAUACUUGUACUAUUUGGAUCAAAUUGGUAUUGCCAUGUCUCCCUUGUCAAACAAUGCGUUGUUUUUGACUUACGAUAAGAACCCAUUCUUCCAGUUCUUCCAAAAGGGUCUUAAUGUUUCUCUCUCCACCGAUGAUCCAUUGCAGUUCUCGUACACCAAAGAACCUUUGAUCGAGGAAUAUUCCGUGGCUGCGCAGAUCUACAAGUUAUCCCCAGUCGAUAUGUGUGAAUUGGCUUACAAUUCAUGUAGACAAUCAGGAUGGGAAGCUCGUAUCAAGAAGCACUGGCUUGGUAAGCAGUUUUACCUUGGAGGAGUUGAGGGUAAUGAUGUUGAAAAGACAAAUGUACCACCGGUCAGGUUGAACUACAGACACGACACUUUACAGAGUGAGAUGGAGUUAGUUGAUUAUUAUUCCCAAAAGAAACAUUGA